CGCCACGUGAUUGGACACAGAACUUGGAGGAAACAGCUGAUUUCGAGGCAAACUUCGCCGAAGGAAAGAAAAAAACAAAAACAAAACUCCCACAUCCAGGAAUUUGGAAGGGAUUCGCGUGAAGGGAGCAAGAGGUCGCUGUUUAUACCGAUCAGUAACAGCCAAGAUAGUUGUAGCUGUUAUUUGUCCGGCUGGGUCGGUGCUGGUAACGUUGAAUCGUUAAGCUGCUCACUACACAGAUCCUGAUUAUGAUGAACAUGGGCACAAAUGCCUAUCAUGGCAGUCACACCAGCAAAGAAAAUAUGGCACCUUCAACCAGAAUAGAUGCAGUGCAGGUCCAGAGGACCAAAAAGCGGACAGUACUUGGUGUCUUGUCAGAAAAUGAACAACGUGGUCGAUCCGUCAGCCAGGGCAGCCAGUUUUCCAAACACAGUUCAGUCUCAGACGGCUCUCAGGUCAACUGUUUCAGCUUCCCUUCCAGUUCCAGCUAUGACGUCUACGUCGAAGAGGCCUGUGAAGUUGUUCUUACAGCUUCUGGUGAAGAAAUUGUUGGAGACAGUUAUUACCAAGACGCUGAGACCGAUGCCCUGCAGACUGAAGAUAUAAGACGCCUGCUGGAGCUUAGUUCAAGUUCAUGCCAGGAUGCUUCUCAGCAGUCUGAAUCUGAAGAGGUGUUUUCUGUGGACUAUGCAGAAGAUAUUCAUCAGCACUUGAGGGAGAAUGAGAUGAAGUUCAGGCCAAGGCCAGACUAUUUACAGAGACACCCAGAGGUCACAAAUGGCAUGCGGGUCAUUCUGGUGGACUGGCUAGUUGAGGUGGUGCAAGAAUUCCGGCUUCACACUGAAACUCUGCAUCUUGCUGUCAACUACUUGGACCGCUUCCUCUCCUGCACUGCAUAUGUGACACGGAGCAAGCUGCAGCUGGUUGGCACAGCUGCAUUACUGAUUGCUGCAAAAUACGAGGAGACCUCACCUCCGGAGCUCAACCAGUUUGUAUACAUCACAGACAACACCUACACUAAGAAGCAGUUAGUUCGGAUGGAGCAUGCAUUUCUAACUUUGCUGGGCUUCAACUUGGCAGCACCCACCACAAACCAGUUCCUUCACCUUUUCAUGGCCAUCCACUCUGUCUGUGCAAACACAAAGAACCUUGCCCUGUAUAUAGCUGAGUUAAGCCUGCUGGAAAUUGAUCCAUUUCUACAGUACACCCCAUCUAUCGUUGCUGCUGGAGCCUACUGCCUAGCCACCUACACUAUAAACAACUCUUUAUGGCCAGAUUCCCUAAACGCUUUUACUGGAUAUACGAUGGCUGAAAUUUGGCCCUGCUUGGCUGAUCUCCACAAACUACUCAUCAGUGCAGAGAACCGCCCACAACAGGCCGUCAGGGAAAAGUACAAAAGUGCAAAGUACUGUGGUGUUUCAUGGAUCAACCCCCCUGCUGGUUUGCCUUGCCCAUGACUAACUGCUCCACCCAACUGAUUCGGAUGAAGGUGAAGUUCACUGUCAAGAAUAUUCAUGCCAAGCCUAUCUGGACACUUUCAUAUAUUUAGUGUUUUUUUCCCCCCUCAUAUCCUAGUUUAUGGAAAUCUAAAACCAUCAGAAGAGCCUGUACAGAUGUUCCAGAUAUCUAUAAUACAGUGCUUUAAGUAAUAAGUUGUGUCUGAUAUGUUUUUUUUUAAAUUAUUGUCUAGUGAGAUGCCUCCUGCUUUGUAAAAUCCUGUUUCCAUAGUAUAGAAAUGCUGUUCAUCUCAAAUGAUUAACUGAAUGCAAACUGUUUCCUACAUGACCAUUGUCUGUCAUGUAGAGUGAUUUGUAAUUUUAUACUAUUUUAUUGUUUUGUACAGUACUUUGUACAGACUUUUUUUUCUUCUGUGUUUAAAUCUAAUUUGUAAAUAAAUUUUACUUACUUACAGUGUAUGUACAAUGCAGGCUGUAACACAAACCACACCUUAAACUUAGAUUUACAUUAACACAGAAAAAGACUGGCAUUAAAAGAAACCUAAACAAAUAGUGAAUGUAAAUAUAAAAAUGAACUAAAAACCAAACCCCUUAAUCACCUUUUUUUUUUUUAAGUACAGGGAGACACUGAAAGAGGUAAUCAGUUGUAGCAUACAUUUCAGAAUUAUGUAUUUAAUUCGUGAGCCACAACAUCCUUAAUCUUUUUCUGAUUCAAAAAAUGUGUUCAGUCUUUUAAUGAACAUUUUUGUGUGUUUCUUUUUUUUUUUUUUAAUUGAACGUGUGUUUCAUCAAGAGCCUUCUGCAUUUAAAUUGGCAUUAUUAACACAUCUCCGGUGUAACCUGGAAUAAUGUCGCCUGUUGAAUUUAUUUUGAAAGGACUGGGUGGGUGUUGUCUCAAAAAGUGAUCAUCUACCAAAAAGUGAUUUCCAAUGUUUAUAUGUUUUUGAUGUGUAAUUCUUUGCUCAUACUUGUAAGUUGAAUGCAGUGAACAAGAUUAAUGAA